GAUGCGGCUGAGUGGAAGAAUUUCUAGCAAUUCCAUCCCUCAUUUGCAGAAGAACCGCGAAAUGUUUAUCUUGGAUUAUGUACUGACGGUUUCAAUCCUUUUGGCCCGUGAUCUUGACUCCAUACAACUUGACUCCAAAAAUUAUUCGUUGUGGCCCGUGAUCUUGACUCCAUACAACUUGCCUCCUGAUAUGUGCAUGAACAGUGAGUAUUUGUUUCUUACAAUUUUGAAUUCGGGACCAAAUCAUCCACGAGCCAGUCAUGAUGUUUUCCUCCAACCACUGAUCGAGGAGUUGAAAGAGUUAUGGCAUAACGGAGUUGAGGCAUACGAUGUGUCUUGUGAUCAAAAUUUCAUAUUUAAAGCCGUCCUUUUGUGGACUAAUAGCGAUUUCCCAGCAUAUGGCAUGUUAUCGGGAUGGACUACACAUAGAAGAAUAUCGUGCCCAAUUUGUAUGGAGGAUACAAAAUCAUUUUGGUUGCCAGGUGGUCGGAAGACAUGUUGGUUUGAUUGCCACAGAAGAUUUCUUCCUCUAAACCAUCCGUUACGGAAGGACAAAAAGCACUUUGUGAAAGGUAAAAAUGCAGUGCACGAGUAUCCACCUGCAUCGUUGACUGGUGAACAAGUCUUAUAUGAGCGUAUAAAGACUGCCAAGCCGCCAAAGACAUCUGACUGCGGAGGAAAUGGGCAUGAAAAUAAAGUGGAUGGGUAUGGAGAUUGGCAUAAUUGGCACAAAGAAAGCAUAAUGUGGGAGCUACCUUACUGGACCGAUCUAAAUCUACGACACAAUCUUGAUGUGAUGCAUAUUGAGAAAAAUAUUCUCGAUAACGUCAUGUACACUGUGAUGAAUGUGAAAGACAAAUCAAAAGACAUUGUGAAGUCAAGAAUAGAUGUUUCCAGAUUUUGUGAUCGGCCUGAAUUGCAUGUUGAUGAUCGAGGGAGAGCUCCAUUUCCUAUUUGGAGAUUGAGUGCGAAAGCAAAAAAAGUCUCCUUGAAUGGGUCAAAUCAGAGGUCAGAUUUCUAGAUGGCUAUGUAGCAGAUUUAGCUAGUUUUGCAGAUAUCAAUGCCGGCAAGUUUUCGGGAAUGAAAAGUCACGACUGCCAUGUAUUUAUGGAACGAUUGCUUCCGUUUGUGUUUGCAGAACUCUUGCCGCGAAACGUACAUCUUGCAUUAUCAGGCAUUGGAGCAUUUUUCCGUGAUUAAAGUACUCGAUCAUUGGAGCUAAGUCGCGUCCAACUUUUGAAGGAGAAUAUUGUCAUGAUUUUGUGCAACUUGGAAAAAAUAUUCCCACCUUCUUUCUUUGAUGUGAUGGAGCACCUACCUG